AUAAUCGAUUUGUUCGCAAAAUAUCGAUAUGCGCCUGCACAUCUAUUUCCUUCCAAAAAAAAAAAAAAAAAAAAAAAUAAAAAACAUUGCGGCAAAAGUGUUAUGUGUUGUAUACAAUGUGUUUAGAUGUGACUAAAUAUUUUUGCUACUGUGAAGUAAUUUAGGAUGGAGAGUAGCGUACACAUUCGGAAAGGAAAGCGUGAAAGAGAGAUCUCAAGUGAAAAAUACAGCAGAGAAUACCGGAAAAGAGAGUGUGAAGGCGAAUGUUCACGGCCUGCAGAAGGACACAAAAGAGUGAUUUCGAGAGACAAGUCUAAACUAGCGGAAGCUGAACGAUGGUCUCCAUAUGCUUGGAAAUUCUACAACCCACUGGCUGUCGGCAGCAUAGAUGGCACAGACACGGAACCACACGACCGGGGCAUUGCACGUGCCAUGGUGGCUGAGUACCACCCUAAUGCUCGGGUAGUCGGUAAUCCCCGCGCAACUCUAUUUCUUGCCCGGUUACCACCUCACACUGAUAAGGAAGAAAUUCUAAAGAAAUUUUCAAAGUUUGGAACGAUUCGGAAUUGUCGACUUGUUAAUGAUAUCGUCACAGGAGCUUUCAAGGGUUAUGCAUUUAUCGAGUUCAAGCACGAGAGAGAUGCUGUGUAUGCAUAUGGCAAAGCAAAGGGUCUUCUUAUCCAGGGGAAGGAGGUCCUUGUUGAUUAUGAGCAGGAGAGAAUUCUUCCAGGAUGGGUUCCACGACGUUUGGGUGGAGGUUUUGGUGGCAAGAAGGAAUCUGGGCAGCUGAGGUUCGGCUGUCGAGAUCGUCCAUUCCGAAAGCCCUACACAAUGUUAGAUGUCUAACAUUCGUGUUGGUUAACCUUCAGACUGCCAGGAAGAAGUGUGUGGAAGGAUUGUGUCUACAUUGAAGAGUGUACAUGAUCUCUCUUGUUCCCAUUAAUAUUGGGCAACUUGGAAAUUUCUGUUGAAUUUUGUGAAGCAGCUGUAAAAGUGAUAGUUUUGUGAUAUUUGCACAAGGUGGUGUUACUAAAUUGGUGCCAGUACAGUGAAGCAUUAUAAAAACACAUCACCCAGUUAAGCAGUCAUGUUUUGGAAAUCGUAACGCCAAGAAGAAGAAAAAAAUGAUGAUGAUGUUUCUAUUCAGUUUUUAAACAUCUGAUAAGUCAUAAGUUGUGCUCUUUGAGCAUUAUGUAACAUUAUAACCUCAGUUAAAACAUAGUAGCCGCAUUGACAGAAGUGAUGGAAAAAGUUGGUUAUAGAAUUAUUAUGUAGAAGUAAUGAAAUGUGUUGCGGUAGAAUGGCAGUGUUGGUGAUGUUUUAUUGUGUGCCUGGGGGGAGGGGAAGAAGGGGUUCCAUCAGAUGUUCUACAGAAACUUCCCAAAAUUUUAUCAGGGCAUCUGCUCAUCAUCUUCAGGUAAUGAUACUUUGGCACUGUCUGCUGGUGGAAGGCCCUAAGACAGCACUUCAAUGUCACUGCUAAAAACACAUUGCAAAAAGAAAAAUGGGGGAACAUGUACAUAGUGAUGGUUUUUAGCACAUACAUAACAGCACAUUUUGUUCAAAGUAAUGGAAAUAGUCUGUCAUGUGAGAUAUUGCAAAGUGUUGGUCCUCCUGCUCCUUUUGUUAAUUCACAAACCACUGUUGAUACAAUAUCAACAGGUGCAAGGUCAUUUACCAUGUCUGUUAGUUAAAUUAUGUGUAGGGCGUUGUGUGGCCAGCGUUAUUGCUCUGAUAAUGCUGUCCCGGAAGGACGUAGCAGUAGCGAGGGACAAGAAACUUGCUGUAUUUGUGUGUUCAGCACUUUUUAUCCAGGAUUUCCAGCUUUUUAUAAAGCAGAGUUGGGACAUCCCUACACUGAAAAAGUGUGAUUUUUUUUUAGCUAACAUCUCUAAACCUAUAAUUUACACACACAGGUGUAAAAUUGAAACAUAUUGUACAAUUAGAGUUUUAUUUUCAAUCCUUAAAGUGUUAUGACAACACAAAAGGUAUAAUCUAGGCAAGUUUGAAUUGCAGCAAAGUACUGCAUAUUACGUUCUAGAUAUUUCUGGUUGCUUUUCAACUUCCUUAGUAGGUCAUUCUCUUUUUCCCUGCCGAGAAACCAAUGGAAAUGCUGGCAUAGUAAUGACUAGUUGUCCUUCACCAUUAAUUCAGCUUCUAAUGUUGUCAUUGACUAACAGUUCAGCAGCAUUAGGAUGAAAUACUGAUAACGUGAAACAGACAUCUGUAAACAGGUUCUUAUAGUUUAUAUGACAGUGAAAUGCUGUGCCAAUGUCUCAUUAUUUCAGCUUACAAAGGCUCCCUUCCUCAUACUUGAGAAAAGUGCUUAAUUGCACAAAUUCUUUGAACAUCAAAUCGUCAUCAACAUGAAAUUUUUAUUGAUAUGUCCUUUCUAAUCUUCUAUGUUAACAAAAAUGGUUUGAAAGCUUGGUUUAAAUUUUCUCCAAAAUCAAAAUGUUUGUCAAUGUAGUCUACAAUAGGCUGCAAGUAAUGAGCUGCACUCAGUGGUGCAGAAUGUUCAUUAUAAGUGUUCCAACGAUGUUUAUUAAAAGCUGAUAAAUGCCAAAUGCAAAGGACAACUCAUUUUGAGUUACAAUUUCUUUUUCUUUUCUUUUUUACGGGCACUUCAUUACUUUCACUGACUUAUGAUAAAUUCAUUUGUGAAAAUGUUUUUUGUUGUUGUGGUCUUCAGUUUGAUGCAGCUCUCCAUGCUAGUCUAUCGUUUGCAAACUUUUUCAUAUCCAAAUAACUAUUUCAACCUACACCCAUUUGAACCUGCUUGCUUUAUUCAACCCUUGGCCUUCCUUUGCAGUUUUUACCCCAGCCCCACUUCCCUCCAGUACUAAACUGAUAAUACCUUGAUGUCUCAGAAUAUGUCCUAUCAAAUGACCCCUUCUUUUAGUCAGGUUGUGGUGCAAGUUUUUUUCCUACCGAGUGAUGUUCAGUACCUCCUCAUUAUUUACACAAGCUACCCAUGUACUCUUCAGCAUUCAUUUCAAGCAACACAUAAAAACAAAAUAGAUACGGCUCAUCACUUGAUGGAUAAAGUGGUCCCAUCUCUCAGAGAUUUGUGGGGAGUAGUGCAGGAUGAUACAAAGAAAUGGGGAAGUCCAUGUUCGUCAAUCCAUCCUCACUCAGCAUCUUUACAGUUGCACAGUUUAAGUGUUCAAAGAAUGUUGGUACAGGACUUCCAAUGUCACCUACAUGAGUUGCAGAUUGUCCAGGAACUGAAGUGCAGAAAUCAUGUUAUGUGAUGACAAUUCUGUAAAUUAAUGCUUCAAAUGGUGAACAAGGACAAGGAGUUUGCUAACAAGGAGUGGAUGUCGGACAAAGCCCAUUUCCACCUCAAAGGAUUUGCUAGCAAACAAAAUUCUAGAUACUGAUCACAAGACAAUCCCAUGGAGCUGCACCUGCAUCCAUUGUAUUGCACAGCAACAAAGUUACUGUGUGGUGUGUUGGGUCACCAUAUGAUGCAAAAGCCCUUGUUUUUUUUUUUGAGGACAAGAAUGGUCAUGCAAUUACAGUCACAUUGAAUUGCUAUGUCGUCCAGCUUGAAACCUUUGUUAUGCAACAACUUUAGAGAUUUGCAGACAUUAUUGAGACAAGCUGGUUUCAACAUCACACACAGCACAAAUAUCAAUAGCUGCUGUACACCAAUAGUUUGGAGAAUGUGCAAUUUCGAGAACUGGUGACAUUCAGUGGCCUCCCAGAUCCCCUGAUCUGUCAGCUUGUUAUUCCUUUUAGUGUUCCUUAGUUGACCUGAUACAAUUGAAGAAUUGAAAGCCAAGGUCCAAGAAGCAAUUGCCAAAAUUUUAGUUGAGAUGUUACAUCAUGCAAUGAAGAAAAUAAUGAAGAGACUGCAGUAUGUUUGCGUAGAGAAGCAGCUCAUCUGCAAGAUUUCAUCUUUAAAAAUUAAUUGUACUGAUUGUAUUAUAAAAUGGCAUUAUUUUUGUAAUUAAAAGACAUAAAUAUAUUUUUUAA